AUGUUUGAACUCCAUGCUGAAGACCUUGCGUUUGUGGAGUGUACUCCGCGGUUUCCAGCGCAAGAGCGUCUGGAGCAGGCGUUUGGCAGCCUGGCUCACGUGUUCUCUUGGAAUGAUGGACCAGAAUUUCAUGGCUGGCCACACCGCAGGACUAGAGUCUUGGCUGUAGUGGUCAACAAGGCGACUGUGGACUGGCUGGGGCCAACCAGCCUUCUGGAUCUCCAGAAAGAUUACAGUGAACGUUUCCAUCGACAGACGGUCGUGUCAGGUGAAAUGCUGAUGCUUGCCCCCGAUGAGGAGCGUGUUGAGGAGAUGACAGCCCUGGCGCAUGCACGUAAGAACAAUGUUCAGAUAUCUGAGAUGUCUGAGAUAGUGCGCAGCGGCAACUUGCAGAAGCUUUCCAGUUUGGUUCUGCCGGCAGGCGGAGUGCGUCGUCUGCGUGACUGGCAACAGGUGUUUGAAGCGAAGAUUGCCAAGCCUGAUGCUCGCAAGCCGAGGGCUUUUCUCUGUGAUGUGGACCAUAACCCAUCAACAAAAGGUCCCGCCGAAGGAGAAGUGUGGCCAACUCAGCUCACACAUGGCUCCAUCAUUGCUUUCAAGAGAGAUGAAGAUGGCCAAACAACGUGGAAGAUGGCCACAUCGCUGGAGCAUAUGGGGGCACUCGGUUGGAGAAUGUAUGGGGAGUCAGAUGUGUUCCCCGUGUGCAAAAUGAGAGAUGUGAUUUCAAAGCUGGAGUUGACGCCCCAGCAGGUGAAGAUGCUAGCGGGCAACAGCAUGCAUCUGCGGACGCAGAUGGCAUUCAUGUGGUAUGCGUUGGGGCAUUGCGCUCUGAAGCAGAAGAAGUUUGGUCCAGAGCAUGUUAGCUUCCAGCGUGUAAGCACAUUCGAGAAAUUCGAAGACUCUCAGUGA